AAUACGUACAGUUAAAAAUAAAUAAUCCUCAUUCUUAUUUAAUUUGAACCUUCUUGUAUCCAAUUUAAAUAUGGCUACCCAUAAAUGGAAACGCCUACCAUCUUUUCGUGGCAAACUUAUUUCCAACCCUGUGUACAAAAUUGACUUGGACAAAACACCAAAAUUGUAUUCGAUCCAACUAAACGUGGAAUACCCUGAAGUUAUAUUUGAAAUUGUCCAUUUUGCGUACGAAUCUGGAGUUUACGUGGAAUUAUUUAAGUUUAGAUUGGCCAAGUAUAGCGAUCUAUGGUUCGACAUCGUUAAGGAUAUUGUCCACUUCAUCAAGGGCACACCCGAUAUUUUCGAAAAAUUGAAAUGCGUGCAAAUAAAGAAAGGAAAAAAUUUCGUCGAGACUAAGGGCGUUGGAUUUAUAAAAGAACGAAGGAAACUGUUGCAUACUUUCGAUGAUGACAUUUUUGUUGGUGAGUCUCGCUCACGGAAGGAUUUUGCACGGAAUGGGGCUAGACUGUCUUUAGUGUCAGAUUCCCAGCGGGAUAUUGAUGUUGACUAUCUGACCAAGAUGUUUACCUACGUUGAAGACAAAUUAAAACCCGGCGCAUAUAUGGCUAAAUCAAUUCGUAGAUCGAUGAUACGGGGAAUGUUUCCGUAUAUAUUUCCGGCCUUCCGUUUGACUGGAGGAUCAGUGGAAAGAAGUGUCCUAAAUCAGGUUGGAGAACUACAUGUAACCCAAAGAGCUAAUAUACGCGAAAUAAUACAUAAGUUUGAAGAUACCUGGACUUUGGAAGACUUGGACCUGAUGAGUAAAUUAUUACGGUUUCUCCAAGAAUUGCAAAUGCUAGAACGUAAUUACAAGGUGGAAGAAUUAACUAUGGGUGAAGGAUGUGAAAAUAUGAAUGAUAAUUUUCUCGGAAUGCACCAAUUCGUCGAAUCCAUAGAUGGCCUUCUUUUCAGUGAUAUGCGUCGUCAACUUACAUAUACGCAUCAUCGACUUGAAUACAUGCGUCUUAGACUUAAAGAUAUGCGUCAAGACCCUAAAUAUCAGAGCGAAGAGUUAAAGCAAAAGCGUGAACCAUUAUCCCUAUUUUACAGAUUCAAAAUGUUUGAAGAAUUCAACACCAGGGAAGAAAUUAGGAUGCUUGAAGAAUUUAGAAAAUUACAUGAAGACGUUGAAAACAUGCGUGAAAGAAAAUAUGCGCAUGAACGAUUAAUGAUUUCUGAACAAUUCAAAAAGCUUGAAGAACUAAUCCUACUACGAACGGAAACGCAGAAUGCCAAAAUUAUUCGAAAUGUAUCAAAACUGAUCCAUAAGUUAGGGUUUUCCACGCUUGAACUUAGUAAUCGCUUGAUAAGUAUUAUUCUGUGGGUUCUACUGGUUUUACUUUUUGUAACGGGAGCAUAUAUUUCUAUAUAUGGAGAUACUUUGGAAAAUAUUGGUACAACGAUUCACCUGUGGGUGUGGUGCUCCGUAAUACUUUCGUCGAUGCAACCUAGAUUGUCUUCGUACCGGAGUUAUGACAGUUCAAUCCUUUUUGCCGCGCAGAUUUUAUUUUCUUGCAUAAUUUCGAUCUUGUAUUAUGACGAGAAGUAUACACUUCCUUGGUGGUAUAUUGAUUUUGAUAUGUUCCAAAUAUUUGUAAUGCAACGAGCUGGCUACCAGUAUAACAAGGUGUUAGGAUUUGGCAUUUAUGUUUUUGUAAUUUGUACUCUCAGGAAGCUUUAUUAUCACACUGUUAUCGUAGCGGUAGUGAUUGUCGUAGACAGAAAUUUCCUUGGUUGGGUAAGGUUCAAGGUGAUUACUGCUGCAUUUUUAAUUCUUAUUUUACUAGUUGGAUUUGAUAUUUUAUACUUUUGUCUACAUACGCAGGGACCACCGUCGAAUUUUGAGCCGGUGUUGACUCAGCGUGUUUCCUGAACGCAUUAUGGCAUUGAUUAGUCCCACAUUUGUAGCGUUGUUUUGGGCAGCUUCCCUAAUUCCACACUCUCAAUAAAUUUUUGGUAUAGUUGCACUCGGCGGAAGUACAUUGCCGCUCCGGUAACAAUUGAUAACUGAAGAUAACAUAUUCAGUGGCUAAAUCCUAAUCAAUCCACAAUGUCGGAGCUCUAGUAAUAAAAACAAAAUAUGUAUAUGCUAGUAAUUGAAAGUUACAAAAUUCGAUAUUACAUAAAUGACAAUAUUUUCUGGUGUAUGAAAAGUAAUUUUAAAUCUUAUGCGAUAAGCUUCAUCUAAGAUUUGUCCAUGUUUGUACCCAUUCCUUCCGAAUAUCUUCUUUGUACAAAGUGUAAAAAUGAAAUCCAUAGGAUUGGAAUUUGUUUUGCAAGGGUUUGAAUUGCAAGCAAGAAAAUUGAACAUAUAAAUUAAUCGCCCUUGUAAAGUGGCGACUCUAAAAUUGCAGUCAGGGUACCGGUAUCUCGAAAAAGGCCUAGUAUGCCGGGUAUGUACUCGGCGGGUAAUACUCUGGGCAUCCCUACAGAUUAUAAAUAUAACGUUUUAAUAGAAAUUUGAAGUUUCGAGUAUUAAAGCCUCUACCCAUUUAUUUAAUAAAGUUUAAAAAUAUGCUAACAUAAUAUAUUUAAUAAAAUUGAAUAAUUGAUUAAAAUACUUAUGAAUUCCGCAAACCGUUUUGCGAGUAAUUCUCAUAUAUUUCUAUUGCAUGGAAAUUUUGCCUCCGGUUUUUGAGGAAUCUUUUGUCAAAUUUAUAUUUAGGUAUGUAUAUACAUAUCUGCAAGCAUGCAUGUAUGCAUUUAUGUACAUACAUAAGUACAUACUUAAUUUGUGUUUAUUGCAUAUAAACAGCUUUAAUCAUAGGUAAUACGUAGACGCUUUUUCAUACAAACUUCCAUAUAAAUACAUAUACAUAUGAACAUAGUUGGCAAUCCUAAUAGAUAUUUAAGUAACUAUGUACAUGUAUUAAGCUACGUUGUUGAGUAUUUGAGAUGUACAUAUGUACAUACAUGCUACAAAUUUUUUACACCAGUUUUCCUCUCUUAUUCCACUUUUCUGAGUGCAUCGCAGUUUUAAUCUUGAUUUGGUAGUGUUAAGUUCCUUCUUCACACACGGCUUUUGAGCAGAUAAGAUUACAUACCCUGAUUCAUAAUGCAUUCUAAUCCAUCCUCAAUUAAAGGAGGGGUAUGUUUGUACAUAUUUUUGGUGUUGUUUUGCUCCUCGGUGUUUACUCAACAAAGUGAGGAAGACGUUACGGAGAACAAUGGAUUAAUUAAUGAUGUCGAGGAAAAUGCCCAAGACAACAAUGGAAACCCGAGAGUUAAACAUUUCCUCGAUUUAACACCGUCUGAAAGAGAAGUGCUGGAUGAGUUUCGCCUACGUGUCGGACCAAAUUUGACAGCAUUUUACAUGGAAAGUGACGAAUUCCUGCUAAGAUUUCUGAAACCCUCCAAGUUCAACAUUUCCUCGAGCACGUCACUCAUCCUGGACAUGCUCACAUGGCGCAAAGAAAACAAUAUUGACGCCUUAUCGAGUGAGGAUUAUCCAGAAUUUGAGGCAGAGUAUGUAACUUAUCUGGAGGGGUGUGACCGUUCCGGGCGACCCGUGAUUUCUGUCCCUAUCGGGAAAUGGGAUAUCCGGUCCGCCUCGCUAGCCGGAUUAGGACCGCGACUGAGGCGCUUCAUGGACAAGAUUUUUGAGGACGCGACCUCCUUUUUGCGCAGCGUGAAUGACAUCGGGGUAGAGUUGUAUCAGGCCACGCUGAUCUUGGAUUUAGACGGUUUUGACAUGAAGACGCAUGGCUGUCCGAAAUGUAUGGAUCCGAUAUGUACAGUUGUACUUGUAUUUUUUCACGACGUUGCAAACUCACUAUCCUGGAUUUGUGGAGCAGAUUUAUUUUGUGAAUACCCCCCAAAUUGUCCAAUUAAUCUGGGGCGUUUACAAGGAAGUAUUCACCCCAGAAAUUAAGGCCAUGUCGACCAUCUACAUGAUGCAAGAUGUCGACUGGAAGGCCAAAUUGCAACAGGCCAUUCCACCCUCGUCCCUCUCCGUGCGACUCGGCGGGGACAAGUUGGCCCCCCUGGAACUCGUCUACCUCCGCCUGGGUCACACCAUGGUCUCCGCGCUCCACGACGUCGACGCCAUCAAACUGCACAACAAUUGCGAAAAGGAUCUCGCCAUGUAUGAAACCUUCAUUAAAGAGAUGAGCGUUGUCAUGGAGAGGAGGCAGAAUAUGUUGAGUAAAGCGAAAAACGAUUUAGGCGAUGGUUCUUCUAGUUUAGGGUGCAAUUAUAAUGAAGAAUUUCUUAAUUGAGAUGAGAUGGGAAUUUAAAAUGAAAAAUAAAUUAAAGUUUGAAAAAAGUUA